AUGUCCAUCGAUUUUCGAUCCGGUGUGAAGCUGGGUGAUCUGAGGAGGAAGCUUUGGUCGCGUUAUCGGUCCAACUUAACCUUCCAAGUCCCUGGAGGUCAAUCAAUUCUUGGUUUUGGCGAUAUCAAUGCUCGGUAUGAAAUAGACAACUUCCUACAGAAUGAACUUCCGGCUAAAGUGAAAGAGCUGGAUUCCCGUUUCGACUUGGAGGUUAUUCAGUCUGGAAGUUUCACAGAAGGGGUAUCUUUGUAUAGAAAACACUCUCAGGAUGAGACGGUUGAACAAGAAUACGAUUUUCUGUUCUUAAUAAAAACACUGACGGUCGACUGCAACGAAAAUGUUAGACGCAUUUCCGUCGUGGAAGGGGAAAUUCAGAGAAGAAUGGAUCGGAGGUAA